CUUUGUACAAACAUUUUUAUUGCAAUCAACUGAUCCAGCUACAUUAAUUCAAUUUUAUACAAUUGAAAAUUAUUUGGAAGGUUCUUUUCAUAAGUAUAACGGAAAUAAUGGUUAUAAAACUGCAAUAGUUGUUGAUAUGCAAGGAAAUAAUCAUUAUUUUACAGAUCCUAAGCUUCAUACUUCUUAUAAUACUUACGAUGCACAGUUUUCUGUUGGAAAUAGAUAUCAAGAAGGCAUUGAAGAUUUUUUUAAAACACAUGUUUGUAAUAAUUAUUGCAAAACAUUAGAAUUAGAAGAAUAUCAACAAGAUAAGCAAUAA